UAAACUCAGUGACAAAAAAUGGCGGCGACGGGGAUCCGGACCUCGUCGUCAGGAAUUAGUGAUGUGAAUAACGACAGUAACGGUGGGAACUCUUAUCACAGUAAUACUACUAGCGCACUCGUUCCUCCUAACAGCCCAGAGGCGGUUAGGCAAAAAUCGUGGAGGCGUAAAGAACUAAGGAAAGUCAGGAGCGUAGAUCUGGAUAAACCAGAGUCUCUGCUGCUGUCGCCCGAGUCCGGAAUUGCUCCUGUACCAGCGCAGCUUCACUUCUUAUCGACUUCUACGCCCGCUGGAUUUCAGCCGACCUUGCUGCAGCAAAGCUACGCUAAGCAUAGUUCUAUGAAUAACCGCUCAGUUUCUUAUACGAGUAACACUAGUCCAUUUACCGCUACUCAGGAAUUGUUGAACAUUCAAUGCAAUACAGAGAACAGUUCUGAUUAUGGGUCAUCUAGGGCAUCAUUGGAAAUGAUCUCUUCUCCAAAUAGCCGUGACAUGGAGAAUAAAGAAACUCUCCGGGGGUUGCAGAAAAUGGAUGACCGCCCAGAGGAGCGCAUGAUCAGGGAGAAACUCAAAGCAACAUGCAUGCCAGCCUGGAAGCAUGAAUGGCUUGAGAGGCGGAACAGGAGAGGACCGGUGGUUGUGAAACCAAUUCCGGUGAAAGCAGAGGGCUCCGAAGCAAAUAAACCAGGCUCAGAGUCCCUUGGUGAGCCACAGAUCAGCGCUUCCCAGCAGUCCAGCCCUCGCCGCAGUCCCUCUCCCAGCAGCUCAGGCUCCUCCGUCACCACCACCUCCUCAUCUUCAUCAUCAAAAACCACCGUCAAAUCUGAGUCUCCUGGCGUGAGAAGGAAGAGGGUGUCCCCUGUACCUUUUCAAAGUGGACGAGUCACUCCUCCCAGGCGGGCUCCCUCACCAGACGGGUUUUCACCUUAUAGCCCCGAGGAAACACAGCGCAGAGUCAGCAAAGUCAUGCGGGCACGACUGUACUUGCUACAGCAGAUCGGACCCAACUCCUUCCUUAUUGGAGGAGACAGCCCAGACAAUAAAUACCGGGUCUUCAUUGGGCCUCAGACCUGCAGCUGUGGUCGUGGAACAUUCUGUAUCCAUGUCUUGUUCGUCAUGCUGAGGGUUUUCCAGCUCGAGCCUUGUGAUCCCAUGCUGUGGAGAAAGACUCUUAAAAACUUUGAGGUUGAGAGUUUGUUUCAGAAGUACCACAACCGGCGCAGCUCAAGGAUCAAAGCUCCCUCUCGCAGUACAAUCCAAAAGUUUGUGUCUCGCAUGUCGAACUGUCACACGUCCUCUUCAUCCAGCACUUCCACAUCAAGCAAUGAGAACAGUAUGAAGGAUGAGGAGGAGCAGAUGUGUCCCAUCUGCUUACUGGACAUGCUUGAUGAAGAGAGCCUGACUGUAUGUGAGGAGGGCUGCAGGAACAAGCUUCAUCACCACUGCAUGUCUAUUUGGGCGGAAGAAUGUAGAAGAACCAGAGAAACGCUUAUCUGCCCUCUUUGUAGAGCAAAGUGGAAAUCGCAUGAUUUUUACAGCAGCCAUGAGAUGCCAAGCCCUUUCGAUGCUUCUUCAGGUCGAUCAGUCCAUUCUCAGUCACACCAGCAUCACCAGCCAUCCCCCACAGACACGCAGCGGAGCCAGCAGGAGAGCGACUUCACCCUGCCACAAUAUGGAACUCAGCAGAUCCCUCCCACUUACAAAGAGCUUGCAGAGCCCUGGAUAAAGGUCUUUGGAAUCGAGCUGGUUGGCUGUCUCUUUUCUCGGAACUGGAAUAUUCGAGAGAUGGCCCUGAGGCGCCUGUCACAUGAUGUCAGUGGAGCUUUGCUUUUAGCCAAUGGCGAGCGCAGUGGCAAUCCCAGCUCUAACAAUGGAAACAGCCUGGGUGCAGGUGCCAGCACGCCAUCUCAUAGUGAUAUCUCAGGAGACGUGGUGGUGGAGUCAUGCUGCAGUGUGCUGUCCAUGGUCUGUGCCGACCCAGUCUACAAAGUCUAUGUCGCUGCACUGAAAACAUUACGAGCCAUGCUGGUUUACACUCCGUGCCACACUCAUACAGAAAGAACAAGACUGCAGCAGCUUCUCAGGCCAGUAGUGGAGACCAUAUUGGUUAAGUGUGCAGAUGCUAACAGCCGUACAAGUCAGCUCUCUGUUUCCACGUUGCUGGAAUUGUGUAAAGGUCAGAUCGGGGAGCUGGCUGUUGGGAGAGAAAUACUUAAAGCAGGGUCCAUUGGUAUUGAAGGUGUGGACUAUGUUUUAAAUUGUAUUCUCGGCACUCAGACGGAAGCCAGCAACUGGCAGUGUUUGCUGGGCCGUCUUUGCCUCAUUGACAGGCUCUUACUGGAAUUUCCUGCUGAGUUUUACCCCCAUAUUGUUUCCAGUGGGGAUUGCCAGAAGUCAGAAGCUGUUGCAGAAAGGUAUCAGAAGCUGUUAUCUCUUCUGAGCUUUGCACUUCAGUCCAUAGACAACUCCCACUCCAUGGUUGGAAAGCUGUCCCGGAGAGUCUUCCUGAGUGCUGCAAGGAUGGUUGCGAGGGUGCCCCAUGUGUUUGUGAAGCUCUUGGACAUGCUGAGUGUGACCAGCUCUACGCAUUAUACACGCAUGCGGCGCCGCCUCAUGGCCAUCGCGGAAGAGAUGGACAUUAUUGAAGCCAUUCAGUUGGGCAUGGAGGAUGUGCAUGCCGCAGCUGGACGUCAUGACGAAUUUGUAGAGCCUUCAGCCCCGCAGAACUCGCCAAGUGUCACAGAAAAUAAUACCCCUGCCCAUACUGUGCGGUUACCUGGAAGAAUAGCAAGGGGUCUUGCCGAUAUUAAAGCUGGUGCCAGUCCAGAGGACAUUGCAGAAAGGUUAGCUGGCAUUUCUGUUGGACUCCCAGUGCCAAGCGCUUCUGCUGAACAGCCAAAGGCUCCCAUUCAGGCAAAGAGCAGGCCGCAAAGUCAGUGUCUGAACUCCCCCUCGUCAAGUCAUUCCCCGACUUUGUUCCCAACUUUGCCGUCUCCUUCUUCUAACCCCCCAAAUCUGCCUGUAACUGAGAAUGCCAAGGUUAGACCUCAGGGUUUUGUCCCCAGCAAGCUGGCAUCUGCCUCCCCAAGCACCCAACGUAAGUUCUCCCUCCAGGUUCAAAAGUGCUCCCCCGGAAGCAGAGAGCCUGAGAAACUGUCUCCCGUUUUCACCCAGGCAAGGCCUCUGCCUUGCAGCCAGAUCCACAGACCAAAACCCUCACGACCAUCUCCGAGCGACAGCGGGAAGCAGCUUUACGAAACGAGGAAAAGCAACAUGAAGCUUGACCUAAAAGACCUUUCGCACUGUGAGAGUAGUUCUAGCAGCAACAACGUAUUGAUUCCCAGCGAGGACACGGUCUUCACACCAGUGGAGGAUAAGUACCAUCGUCUGGACACCUCAGCGGAGCUAAACUCCAGCAUGGAGGACCUGCUGGAAGCCUCCCUGCCCGCCAGCGACAGCACGGUCACCUUCAAGUCCGAGGUGGCAGUACUGUCCCCUGAGAGGACUGAGAGCGAUGACUCGUACAGCGAUGACGUGAAACAGCACCAGCAGUGCAAAGAGAAGAUGGAGGCUGAAGAGGAGGAAGCACUGGCUGUCGUCCUGGCAAUGUCUGCAUCCCAGGAUGCACUGCCAACUAUCCCUCAGCUUCAGGUGGACAAAGGAGAGGAUGUGAUUAUUAUUCAGAUGGAUACCCCAGAGACUUUGCCUGGACAUACCAAAGCAAAACACCCUUACAGAGAGGGUGCAGAAUGGCUCAAAGGACAACAGAUAGGUCUUGGAGCUUUUUCAUCCUGUUACCAGGCUCAAGAUGUGGGGACAGGGACAUUAAUGGCUGUCAAACAGGUUACCUAUGUGAGGAACACUUCUUCUGAGCAGGAAGAGGUGGUAGAAGCUUUAAGAGAAGAGAUCAGGAUGAUGGGCCAUCUGAACCACCCUAACAUCAUUCGAAUGUUGGGGGCAACGUGUGAAAAGAACAAUUAUAAUCUCUUUGUGGAGUGGAUGGCAGGUGGAUCAGUUUCUCAUUUACUGAACAAGUACGGAGCCUUCAAGGAAGUGGUUAUCAUAAACUACACACAGCAGCUGCUGCGUGGCCUCUCUUAUCUCCAUGAGAACCAGAUUAUCCACCGAGACAUCAAAGGUGCCAAUCUGCUAAUUGACAGCACAGGGCAGAGACUGAGAAUAGCGGACUUUGGAGCUGCUGCCAGGUUGGCAUCAAAGGGCACUGGUGCUGGUGAGUUUCAGGGACAGCUUCUGGGAACCAUCGCGUUCAUGGCUCCAGAGGUUCUGAGAGGCCUGCAGUAUGGCAGGAGCUGUGAUGUGUGGAGUGUGGGCUGUGCUGUUAUAGAGAUGUCCUGUGCUAAGCCACCGUGGAAUGCAGAGAAGCACUCCAAUCACCUUGCAUUGAUAUUUAAGAUUGCAAGUGCCACAAGUGCUCCUACAAUCCCAGCCCACCUGUCUCCAGGUCUUAGAGACGUGGUUCUGCGAUGUCUGGAACUUCAGCCACUGGACAGGCCUCCGGCGCGAGAGCUCCUAAAACACCCGAUUAUCCGGACAGCGUGGUAGAGGCGAUACCACAAGAGUGGAAACUAGUCGUGAAAGAUACUACUGAACACAGGAAAACAAAUUCACAGAACAGCGGUGCUGCAGCAGCCUUUAAACAAACCCUGAAAAUGAGGUCUGUGAAAGGCUGCUGCUUUAUUAUGUGACUGGUGCAUACAGAGCUGUACCUUACCACAAUAUGCAAGUUAGUUAAAGGUUUAGCUUCUAAAUUGUGCCUUGAGAAAGUUUGGCCUUUAGUGACCAUAAGAGCAUCUUCUCUUUUUGCUUUGUUUUUUAAUGAAAUAAAGCAAUCUGUAGAGUCUUAGGGCAGUUCAGUGAUGAACAUUUUCCUGUUGGUGCACUCUUUCUGCAAUAUUAGCAGCUGGGGGGCUCAAAAUGCAUCAUGUUUUUAAUCCACAGCUAGAUGUCACAGAAUUCUUCAUGUGUUUCACAUUGAGAGUAUAUUACUGCUCCAAAUUUUAGUUUUUAACUAUUUUAUUUUGUUAAGCGGGUUAGAGUAAGUCGUUGUCAAUGGUUUUAAUAUUUCUGUUACUUCAGUAAACACCGUCAGUAAAAGUCUCCUUUUUUUUUUGAUCAGUGGUUUUGUGUAAACCACAUGUUUUGGCUGAAAUGCAUAAUGUUGCAGCUGGUUUGUGCAUUUUACUGUCAGACCAUGUAAUCUGGUUUUUGUAUUUUGAAAGAUAAGACAUACAUUUAACAUUGUUCAGGAAAAGGAGAUCUUCUAAAAAUAAAUACAUAAAUAAAAAUAUUAAAUAGGCGCAAGCAAAUUGAUGCCGAUGUGAAAGCUUAUGCAGAUGCAAUGAAAGAAUUGUUAUUUUUCAGUCUAGAAAGUGUAUUUUUUUUACAAUAAAAAUAAAUGCUUAUGAGUAUUAUGAAAAAUCUGUUAAUGUCAAAGAUACCUUUGAACCUAUGAGACCUUUCUUCAAAUAAAAUGAUGGGUUCUUGUUUUAGGAUUCCAAAAGCCAUGGUGAUCACCCUGCUGUUUUUAUAAAAUGUCACUUACAUUUGAGCCUUGUUGAGUCAAUACAUUUUUUGAUGCCAUUGUUAGUUCACAAAUCUUUAAAAGCAGUAUUGUUGCAUUUCUUGAAAGAACCAGAUUUGAUGCUCUUCCUGCUGGUCAUAUGUAGCUGGCAUUUUCCUUUUCUGCUGUACUGUGUUUGCCAGACUGAUCACUUCGAUAGAGAAUAUACAGUAUUUUAUUAGUCCUCUGUACAGCUAUUCACAAUAGGUUCUGAAUGCUACCAGGAUGUGGCAUAUACUGUUUUUUUUUGUUUGUUUUUCUUUCUAUUUGUGUUAAUUACCUGCAGUAUCAAAGGAAAGUGACAGACUUUGAUUUUAUUCAGCUUUAUGGCAGGCUGUUAGGGUUUAGAGCAUGUACCUAGUUAAUAUAAUCGUUUCAACUUUAGCUCUUCAAGUGGUGAUGUUCUGAUUGUAACCAGUUGAGAAAAUGAAAUGCUCUAAAAUGAUGCUUGAACUGUUAAAUGUUCAAAAACACAAAUAACACGAGUGUAUGAUAUCAUCCACUCCGUGUUUCCAACCGCUGUAUGCUGAGAAAAGAGACGGCAAUAGUAUGUACUUUUGUCAUUUUAAAAAACAAAAGUCACAAGUACUUUUUUUUAUAAACAAUUGAAAGCUUUUAUGCAAAUGUAUAUUUCUUUAUGCAGAGUACAAGCUUGACAAAGCUUGAAGAGUUAAUGUAAAUCAAUGUGAAGUUUGGUAGCUAAAUUUAUUGUACUUGACUCCUGUACUUUUUUUUUUACCACUUUUUCAAGAUUCUUGAAAGAUGGUUGUUGUAAUUUUUUUUUAUUUGUAUUUUAUUUUCCAAGUUUUUAUUUUGUCUAAGCUUUAAAUGAUACACCCUUGCCAUUUUAUAUAAUGAAAACAAAACAAAUUCUGGCAGAUUCUUAAAACUGGUGAAUCUCAGCUAAUCAAUAUUACUUCAUCAAUCUCUGUAUCUGUAAUGUUAAAAUUCCUAAUGCCUGUGGCUUCUCCUGACACUGGGAGUUUGUUAGUAUUUCUCAGCUUGCUGGUAAUUGUGGUAUAUUUUUUAUUUUUUUUUAAUGGAUGUGAUGUAAUCUUAUUCUUUGGAUCAGAGCUGGACUGAGAUUGUAAUGUAAUUAUUUUGUGCUGUUCUUAUGUUACCUGGUGGUACUUUUUUAUUUGUAAAUAACGUCUACUGCUGUUUAUUCCAGUUUCUACUACCUCAGGUGUCCUAUAGAUUUUCCUCUACCAAAGUUCACUUUCACUAUAUAUAUAUAUAUAUAUAUAUAUAUAUAUAUAUAUAUAUAUAUAUGUGUGUGUGUGUGUGUGUGACUGUUAUUCUUAAGACUUCCAGGGCUUAAGGGCUAACUUCUAUUAGCACCUUACUGUGCAAGAAAAUUGUUACUGAAAACUCUGGGUUAAGAAAA